AUGAAAGCAAUUGCAGCUGGCAAAUGGUCAGAUGAAGAGCAUAAAACGUACGAAGAAGCUGUAAAAGAAGGCCUUUCUUGGAAAGAGGUCGCGCGAAGAGUUGGUACUCGAUCAGAAACUCAAUGCCGAUCGCAUCACCAAAAAAUGAAGGUCCGCAAAUUACCAUCAAAAAUGUAAGAUUUAUUUCAGGAAAGAUAAAAGCACUCAGUAUGAGUCUCAGUUGGAUUCGUUAUCCUGGGAGUAUGUAAGGCCAGAUGAGCCAAAAUAUGAGGUCUCUUCUCCGUCAACCGAUGUAUCUGUAUCUUAUGAGUCAGGAGUGUAUUAUACUGAAGCCUUACCGGAAUUUUGUGUGAAAUAA